CUUUCGGAAUCGAAGGCGGGAAAUAUGGAUGGCGCGUUUACGAUGGAAGGUCCCCUGAGUAAAUGGACCAAUGUGGUUAACGGAUGGCAAUACAGAUGGUUUGUAUUGGAUUUCAGCGUGGGAAUUUUAUUUUAUUACACGUCUAAGGAAAAGAUGGUGCGGGGUGAACGACGUGGUUGUGUGAAAUUGAAGAACGCUCAGGUUGGAAUCGACGACGAAGACGACAGCACUUUCACCAUAACUGUCGACCACAAGACAUUCCAUUUCCAAGCACGUGAUGCAAACGAAAGGCAGAAGUGGCUCGAUGCCCUGCAGGAGGCAAGAGACUUGCACACACAAAACUAUGCCCUCAUUCAUCAGACUAAUCGGCUUUUGGAUCAUCCAAGUUCCCUAUCUGAAUUCGACCAACGUAUUGUCGAGGCCGAUGCCUAUCUGCAAAUUCUGAUCGACCAACAACAGGAUCUUUCGCUCCAAAAUGCCGAAACGGAAGAAUGUCAACCGGAAACAGUAAAUGCCAUCUGCGAUCGCCUCCAGGGCUUGAUCGAACUGGUCAAAAAGACUAUUGUUUGUCUUCAGUUUGCGCGGGAAUCAAUGUUUGCAAGCUACAGCACCGUGUUGACUUCUCACAGAAAACAAGCUGCUCAACGUUUAUCUACCCCUGGGAUUUCAAGCAACUCUACAGCAGCAAGGAGUCUCAGUCGAAGUUUCCGUCAACGACAAGCUACAGUUGAAGUCGGUUAUGAAGUCAACGAGUUCGGCAGCUUUAAGCCAGGAAGUUGGCCUAAAAGCCCUGCGGCUCUCCUGCAUUCCCAAAGCGCGGCAACCGCAAUGGAUCGUAGUGGGCAAGGGGCUGGAGAUUCCGUAGGUCACGGCUUGUCAGCUGAAUCCACCCCGUCUUUCGUCGUUCGCAACAGUUCCGAAGAAACACGUCAGAGUCCAAACCGAGUAUCUGAUUCAGAGAGGCCCGCCUCCCUUACAACAGUCGCCGUGCCUGAAGAUAAUCAACCAGUACCUCAUUUAUCAACAGAAUCAGUUCUUUCCGAAUAUAAUGGCUGUGCUCCCAACUUUCUAGCACUGAGUGCCAGUAAACUGCCUACAUCAACCGCUUCAGCUUUGUAUGAAGAGUCUCAUUCUAUUUCAAUGCCUGCCUUCUCGUACUCCCUGUCAGAUGACGGAUCCGGAUACUCUGCCGAGGAUGACGAGGAUGAAUUUUACGACACCCAGGAGAUUCUCUGUUCAGGUGUUAACUCUCCUUUUCUAGGGAAGAACAACACAGCAGUGCAAAUGUCCGUCAAUAACCAGCAGGAUUUUUCUCCGGCGGAUGAACACUUUGACGAACUAUAUGAUGACGAUCGUGAAACAGACCUGGGUUCAGUCCAGUCACAGGGAUCUGUCAUCACACACCUACUAUCCCAACUCAGGAUUGGUAUGGAUUUGACGCGAAUCACUCUUCCCACCUUCAUCCUGGAACGGCGUUCCACUUUGGAGAUGUAUGCCGAUUUCCUGGCCCAUGCCGACUUGUGGGCAGCCAUUCCGGAUGCACCCACAGCCAAGGAACGAAUGGUCGCUUGUCUGCGUUGGUACCUGUCCGCGUUUCAUGCCGGCAGACGUUCGUCCUUGGCCAAAAAACCUUACAAUCCUGUUCUGGGUGAAAUUUUUCGCUGCUAUUGGUCUCUACCCACUCCCUCAAAAAGUUCGACGGACAAAGACUCUGGGCUGCACAAAUCUGGGCCGGUGCCCUGGGCUGAGCAAAACUCCGUGGUUUUCUUAGCAGAACAGGUCUCUCAUCAUCCUCCCGUUUCCGCCUUCUACGCCGAACAUAUUGGUAAGCGUAUCUCCCUAGAUGGACACCUUUGGACAAAGUCCAAAUUUUUGGGACUUAGUAUAGCCGUCGAGAUGGUCGGUUCUGCGGUCAUUUCGCUGCUCAAUUUGGAUGAGGAGUACGUCGUCACAUUUCCUUGCGGGUAUGGAAGGAACAUUCUGACCGUUCCGUGGAUAGAACUAGGCGGGAAAACGAGUAUCAUCUGCGCAAAAUCGGGUUACGUUGCCAAUAUUGAUUUCAAGACGAAACCGUUCUACAACGGAAAGAAAGAUCUUAUUAGAGCCGAGGUGCUUGGACCGAACGAAAGAAAGCCACUUAUAGUUGUUGAAGGCGAGUGGAAUAAUAAAAUGGUUGCCAAAUGGGCGGACGGAACUACUGAGACGUUCGUGGACACUAAAUCCAUACCGGUUCUGAGGAAGCAAGUACUUCCCAGAACGGCACAGUCUGAAAACGAAUCCAGACGUUUAUGGGAGCAGGUCACACGAAACCUGAAAAGUGGUGACAUCGAUGCCGCGACAGACGCCAAAUUCCGCCUGGAGCAAAAGCAACGUGAUCUAGCUCGCCACAGGCAAGAAAACAAAAUUCAGUGGAUUCCAGAAUAUUUCCGUGGAGAAGGUGGGAACUGGAUUUAUCGUUCUCCUCUUGUGCAGCGGUUAGCUGAUACAUCUGAUCGGUGCAACUCUAACACUACGGGUCUCCUUCCGGUCGUGGAUGGUGGUCGCUGUUUCUCCAACUCAUCCUCCGGCUUGGAACUAAUAGAUAACAUUCCACUUCCACAUCCUACUCUUCUCAGUGAACAGCUCAGCUAAUGCAGCCCAUCAGCUACUCCGAAAUUUAACUAUCUACCGGUUCACAAUGCUUGCUCAUACGCAUAGAAUUAGUUUUUUCUCGAUACGUUUCAUCCACUGAGCCAGCUGGCCGGUCAGCUCGCUCAAUCAUACAUCGUCACUGCCACUUUCAUUGUAUUUUGCAUCGGGACAGUUUCCUUUGUUCUGAAAUGGCACUGUUUUGGCCAUAUUUCUUUCAGUGGAACUGCAUUUGACCUCACUUAUAUUCCAAGUUUGAUACCCAGUUGAAACGGUUCUGAAUACUCUGGAGUUCUUGUUCCGUCACUGCUUCGCCUGUCCAAGGAGCUUUCAUAACAGUCCCUGGGGUAGUCUGGUAUGACAAUAUGGUGCUGUCCAACAACAUUCCAAUGAACAUAUCACAACAAAAGAGUGACUGGUAAUUUGUUUAGCGUCUGCCAUAUUGAUCCCCAUUCGAAUUCCAAAUUGCUCCUCUCAAAUUUCAACAACAAAACAAUCGUCUUCUGUUACGUUUCAUUUGUCAACCCUCUAACUUCGUUGCAGUUUUACUCGAUCCGCGCGAAACGGAAGCUUCUCAAAUUAACCCGUUCUUCUACUUGUUGUUUUCCACUGACUUCAUUUUAAAGUCCUGACGGCCGCAUGAACUUGUGCUGACUUUAUUUCUC